AUGGUUAUCAUCGAUCAAAAAAUUGCCUUCGUCGGUGGAAUUGAUUUAUGUUAUGGCCGUUGGGAUGAUGAAUAUAUGCGUCUUGUUGAUUUGGGAGAUGAAAAUGAUAGAACAUUGAAACCAUCAUGUCAAAUAAAUGAAGAAAACGUAGCGAUCGGCAACACAAAGAUAGUAGAAGCAGCAAAAACAAUCACGACACAAAUGACUGAACAACCCAGUACAAUACUUAUUAACAACUUGAAAAAAAAUAAUGAAGCUUCGGAUGAUGAAGAGACUCUCGAAGAACAACAAUCAAUUAUUACUUCAACAUCUGAAGUUGAUAGAAAACAUCGAUAUUUUAUUGGAAAAGAUUAUUCAAAUUCAUAUCAAAAAGAUUUCGAAGAACUUGAAAACCACAGUAAAGAUUAUAUUGAUCGAAAAUCAGUACCUCGUAUGCCAUGGCAUGAUGAAGCACUGGUUGUAUUUGGUCAAGCAGCUCGUGAUGUUGCAAGACAUUUCAUUCAACGAUGGAAUACUCAUAAAUAUGAAAAAAAACCAAAAGAUGAUUCAUAUCCAUUUCUAUUACCCAAAGCUUAUGAUGAUGAACAAGAUUUAACUAUUGAAAACUGGAGAAAUUUUCUUGAAAGUAGACCGUUUCAUGUUAAUGCUCAAUGUGUUCGUUCUGUUGGACCAUGGUCAAUAAGAACGAGAACAACUGAAUCUUCUAUUCAAAAUGCAUAUAUACAAAUGAUUGAUGCUGCUAAAUAUUUUAUAUAUAUUGAAAAUCAAUUCUUUAUUACUAUAGCUAACAAUCGAGUAGUUCAAAAUCAAUUAGCUGAUGUUCUUUUUCGACGUAUACAACGAGCACAUACACUACAUGAAAAAUUUCGUGUUUAUGUCGUUCUACCUCUUUUUCCUGGUUUUGAUAGUGUCGAUGCUUUAAAAGCUGUGCUUUUUUAUAUUAUGUGUUCGAUAACAAAAGGUGAUAAAUCAUUGUUUAGUCGAUUAGAAAAAGCAGGUAUUUCACCAAGGGAUUAUAUUAAUUUUUUUGGUAUGCGUAAUCAUGAUGUUCUUAUGGGUCGUUUAGUAACUGAAAUAAUAUAUGUUCAUUCAAAAUUAAUGAUCAUUGACGAUCGUAUGGCUAUAUGUGGUAGUGCCAAUAUCAAUGAUCGUUCAUUACUUGGUGAACGUGAUAGUGAAUUUUGUAUUGUAAUCAAUGAUCUUGAAGAAGAAGAGAGUCGAUUUAAUGGACAACCAGUUCGUGUAGGAAAAUUUUGCUCUAGUUGGCGCAGAAGAAUUUUUAAAAUGUUGUUAGGUAUUCAAUUCGAGAAUCCAAAUAACGUUGAUGUAACUGAUCCAGUUUCAGAUGAAUUUUAUUCUUAUUUUCGUGAUGUAGCGAAGCAAAAUACGCUCAUUUACGAAAAAGUUUUUGCUACAAUACCAACUGAUCAUAUCAGAAGAUUUGCUCAAAUUCCUGCAUAUAAUAAAAUGGCAACGAUGAAAGAUACUGAUCCAAUACGAGCACAACAAGAAUUGAUAAGUAUUCAAGGUUUUGUUGUGGAAUAUCCACUUUACUUUCUUGAUGAAGAAGACUAUUUGCCUAAUAAGAUAUCUCUCUUAGGCUUUGCUCCAUUGGUUACUUGGACAUAA